AUGCAAGCUUAAUCAAUUGGAGAAGUAUUUAGUUUAAGUAAUUUAGGAUUGUAUGGAACUGUUUGAUGCAAAUACUUAUGGUGAUGGUCAGGAAAGAAACUGUGGAUCGUGCUAUAAACCUCCAACUUAUGAAGAAAUCGAACAAGAAAGUAGAAUAAAGAAUAUAAAAUUGAUUCCUAAUGAUAAAGAAAAAUUCUUGGAACUCAUACUCAAGGAACAAGUAAUAAACAUAUAUUAUUAUCACUAGUAAGUGAGAUUGGAUAAGAACGUACAAGAUUUGUAUGGAUAACUUAAUUAUUCAGGAGUUGUUGAGGAAUUAAUCCAUGCGGAAAUAUUUAAACAUUUUGGCUAUGAUGAUUGUCCAUUAAAUCAUAAAUUAUACUAUGCUUUGACGAGGAAGUACAUUAAGGAUCCUGAAUUGAAGAAAUAAGUAUUCUUUUGGAGAAAUAAUGUAAUGCAUGGAUCCAAACUUGGAUUGAAUGAAUAACCACCUGAAAUCCAAUUGUUGAAUUUAGAACAAUAGAAAGUUGCUUUAUAAGAAUUAAUGGUUAAAAGUCAUAAGGAAAAUAGAUUACUUAUUGUUUUUGCAGGCAGUAUUACAUGACCUCCUUAUCGUGAGG